AUGGCGGUCUUCAAAUGGGUGCUCUGGGCGCUUUUAACCGCCCAAUCUACGGCAAAGUCUGCAUGGGAGGUUGCAUUCGAUGCUCAGCCAGAUCCUCAACCUCGUAACUAUGCAAACAGCGACUAUUUUGUGGCUGUAAUGCCCGAGCCCACCGGGGUUCCCGCUUGGACCCUAGUCGAACCUAUGCCUAUUCGUGACCAUUGGCUAUUCAGCGUGCCUAAAGGUCAAAAAAAAGAGCAAGGAAUUGAUAAGAGACAAGCGCUUCCUAUUAUUUAUGAUGCAAAAGUCAAAAAACUGCAUAAACGCGUCCCACUUCCACCUCGAGAGGACGCGGCUGAAGUCCCAGAAUUAAAGGCAAUUGAAGACGAAUUCAGUAUACAUGAUCCAUUAUUCAAAUCGCAGUGGUAUAUUUACAAUGCUGCGGAUGCUGGAAAUGAUAUCAAUAUUGUCAAAGCUUGGCGUAAAAAUAUUACAGGAAAAGGCGUGACUGUAGCAGUUAUCGACGAUGGAUUGGACUACACGCAUCCUGAUUUAAAAGAAGCAUUUUCAAAAGAAGGUUCAUGGGAUUAUAACGAUCACCAAAACCUGCCCGAGCCCAAACUAGGCGAUGAUAAUCACGGAACGCGCUGUGCUGGAGAAAUUGCAGCCGCUCAUAACGAUUUUUGUGGAGUGGGAUUAGCUCCUGACGCUAAAGUUGCUGGUAUCCGUAUUUUGUCGGGUGCAUUAUCUGACGCCGAUGAAGCCAGGGCCAUGAUUCACGCUAUGGAUCAUAACUCAAUCUAUUCAUGCUCAUGGGGCCCGAGUGAUAACGGCAGAACCGUGGAUGCUCCUCCACUCAUUGUGAAACGGGCUAUUCUCGAAGGUAUAGAGAAUGGGAGGCAAGGCAAAGGUUCAGUAUAUGUCUUUGCAGCAGGGAAUGGUCAUAGCAGCGGUGACAACUGCAAUUAUGAUGGUUACACCAACUCAAUUUAUUCUAUUACUGUUGCCGCAACUGACAGGUAUAACCGCCACCCUUAUUAUGGAGAAAGCUGUUCAGCCAAUAUGAUCAGCACCUAUUCUUCAAACAGUCAGUACUAUAUUACAACCUCGGAUCGGGUGGGCAACAGAUCCCCUAGCGAUGCCUGCACUGGUCGUCAUUCAGGAACCUCUGCGGCGGCGCCAUUAGCUGCUGGUGUAUUUGCAUUAGUCCUCGAGCAGCGGCCUGAGCUCACUUGGCGCGACCUCCAGUAUUUGUGUCGCGAGACCGGUAAAAAGUUUGAACUGGAGCCUGGUCUUGAAUGGCAGACUACUCAUGAUGGCAAGCACUACCAUAACCAUUACGGAUACGGUCAUUUAGAUGCUGAUGAUAUUGUUGAAAAAGCCAAGGACUGGGAGUUGGUCGGUCCCCAAAGCUGGCACAUUGGGGAAAAACAAGAGGCCAACUUACCUAUCAAGGGUGCUACCCCGGUUGAGUACAAUUACACAGUAUCCCAAGAAGAUUGGGACAAUGCCAAUUUGAAGCACAUUGAGCACGUCAAUGUAGUCAUUAGCGUUGAUUAUCCUGCUCGUGGUGGUAUCAAGUACUCCCUGCGGAGCCCAUCAGGAUUCGUCUCGGUUUUGGCCGAGAGACGGUUAAAUGAUCAUACUAAUAUCCCGCUUGUUGACUGGCAAUUCAUGAGUGUUGCCCAUUGGGGCGAACAAGGUGUUGGUAACUGGUCUUUGAUCAUCGAGGGUACGGACGACAAAAAUGGAACCUUAAAAGAUGUCAAGCUCAAGCUGUGGGGUCAUGCCAAAGACGCGACAAAGGUGAGGCGAUUCUCGGACGUUUGGGAUAAAUAUGAAAACCACAUUGAUCGAAAUGACUAUGCCCCCGCCAAUGAGCAAGUUUCCUCGGCUCAGCCUGAGCCCUCGUCUACCGCCGAGGCCGAGCCUGCAUCAACUAGCCAGGAGCCCCCUGAGGUGCUUCCUGAGCCUACAAGCCAAAUUGAGCAACCGCCAGACACUGUCGAAACGCCACCACCAAGCACGGUAGAGAGCCCUCCGCCGGCUACGAGUAGUGAGCCGACUAACGACGACUCAGAAACCGAGAAAUCUCCUCACCAUGGCAUCUUGUUUUAUCUCGGAGUCACAGCUGUUGGAACAAGCAUCUUAGCUGUAAUUAUUAUUCCCAUUGCUUAUUGGCGCAUGAAGCGCACGUCUCGAUUCACAAUUGACGAUGGUGAUUUCGCGCUGAUCGCCAGCGAUGUUGAGCUCGAUGAUUUCCAUGAUUUCGCAAUUUCUAGUGAAGACGAGGAAAACGACGAGCUGUUGGAAUCAGAAAAUGAUUCCCGUCAAAACAACAACGAUCAUGUCGAGGAUCAUAGACCCUCAGAAAACUUACUGUAA